AUGAUGGAUGUCCCCAAUCUAGACAGCGCACGGCGGGUUAACAUGAGGCGACUUCUGAAAUUCAGACGCCGGGAGGCAAACAGCGGUGAUCUUCAGGAGAACAGCGCGGUCGGCUCUUCUCCGCCUGUGGAACCAGAGAAUAUUGCAACUCACACAACUUCAACACCUGCUUCCAGCCUCCCAAUACAGAUCACGGACUCUUCAAAGAUUGCUUCUAGCUCUUCUCCAAUUACCGUGAAUGUCGCACAGUUAAAAACCGAGCAAGCUGUAGAGUCUCCCUCGCUUUCUGCAGGUUCCUCGCUUGCACCAUCUACAAGCGCGAGUCGUGAUACCGAUAUAUGGAGUUGCGCCUAUAAAUUGGCUGAGAACCGAGAGCCAGAGUUGAUGAUGGAUUACGCAAGCCAUCUAGCCACUCUACAAUGUAACCCUGCCAUCAAAAGAGAUAUCUCAAGCUCGGAAUUUGUCGAAGAUAUUUUGAAUCAGCUGUUGGAAGUCCGAGAGAAGAAACAAUGGCAGAUUCCUCUCCUUGGAAACAAUGUCAUCAUCCGAAGGCAAGUUGAGAAACUAACAAAAGUUCUCUUGUGGUCUGACCCUGUUGUCAAACUUGCUGUUAGCACUCAACCAUAUGCAGCACUUGCAUGGUCUAGUGUCUCCAUCCUUCUUCCUCUACUGACAAAUGUUGCUACACCGGAUGAAGCUAUGCUGAAAGGUUUCAACUCAAUCAGCGAUGUUCAGGUCUAUUGGAAAAUUUUCGAAGAGACUUACCUGGUUUCCUACCACCGACAACAUUACAAAAGCCUCAUUGAACCUUUGACCAAGCUCUAUUCCCACAUUAUUGAAUAUCAAGCCCGUGCUAUAUGCCAUCUGUCAAAGACCCAACUUUCCCGGGGGUGGCAGAAUGUGGCGGGUUGGAACGACUGGGCUGGAAAGGCUCGCGAGAUUGAAGAGUUAUCAAAGUCUCGCAGCAGCCUGAUCUCGCACAAUAACGAGAAAGAGAUUCGAGAGCGCUGGGGUCGUCAAUUACGUGAAAUCCAAGAGUCAACUACUAUUCUCAAAGAGAUACGACAAGUCCUCGAUGCAAGCCAAAGCCAAACCCAGCGGAACUAUGAGGACCAAGCGGAAAAAGACCUCUUACAACAUCUGGCUUCUGAUUAUGAAGGCUACAAAGAUUUCAACCGACUCAGAGUUCAAGGUACGUGUGAAUGGUUCUUCAACGAUGACAACUUCUGCAAAUGGCGCGAUAGUCCAACUUCGGGACUUCUGUGGCUUUCUGCUGGCCCUGGAUGUGGAAAAUCGAUUUUGUCGCGAGCACUUAUUGACGAACGUCGACUGUCCUUGAACAUCACGACUUCGACCGUUUGUCACUUCUUUUUUGGGGGUGGCCACAAAGACCGUAUGUAUGGCGUUAAUGCUUUAUGUGCAAUACUCCACCAGCUUUUUAUUCGCGACUCUAGCGGUGCCCUAAUCAAGCUAGCUCUGCCUGCUCACAAGAAUUACGGCAAAGCUCUUACAAAGAACUUCUCUGAACUAUGGAACAUCCUUCUUAGUUGUGCCAAGAGUCCUCAUGCUGGAGAAAUUAUUUGCAUUUUCGAUGCUCUGGAUGAAUGCGAGAAACAAAACAGAUCGCAAUUGAUCGGCAAACUCAAAGAAUUCUAUUGCCAGCCACAAGGCUCUUCGGCAUUGAUUUCGAAGCUCAGCUUCCUCGUAACUAGUCGACCAUACGCUGAUAUAGAGAGAGAAUUUAGGGGAUUUUCCUCAGCAGAAUACCUUCAUGUCGAUGGCGAUAACAAGUCUUUGGCCAUUAGGCGGGAAAUUGACCUGGUCAUCGAUGAGCACAUGGGUCAAAUUGCAGACAACUUUACCCCUAAGGAUCAACUGGAAAUCUCCAAACGCCUCAAAGCUAUGGAAAACCGCACCUAUUUAUGGCUUUAUGUCAUCUUCCAAACAAUCAAAGAGGACCCGAGCCGCCACGGCAAGCGCUCCAGCAUCGAAAAACUGUUGAAUAAUAUACCAUUAAAGUUAUCCGAGGCAUACGAGAGCAUCCUGAGACAAAGCGAAUGCCAAGAAGAAACCGAACGUCUUCUUGAGAUUAUUACUGCUGCUGCACGACCUCUAACUCUUGACGAGGCCAACGUCGCCUUGACGUUAGCAUUAGCAGAAGAAGACUUUACGUCAUACGCCACUUUGAAGGAUGAUUUAUGGCCUAAGAAUAACUUCAAAAGCAUCGUCAAAGGCCUAAGCGGCCUCUUCAUUGGCGUUCACGAUUCAAAGCUGUUUUUUAUUCAUCAAACGGCAAGAGAGUUCCUCAUUGGCUCAUCGGGCCACGACCGUGGUACAUGGGAAGGACGCUUGAGCCUGUCUGAAUCAUCCAGAACCAUAUCAAAAACUUGUUUUCGGUUCUUGAUGCUCCCUGACUUCGGUGCUCCAGCUGAGGGAAGACCAUCCGGGGAGACAAUAGAUAUCACUCAAAUCCCUACUUUGGCGCAACUGCCCCCGUUUUACUGCUACGCCGCCGAUUAUUGGUUGUCGCACUUUCUAUCUCAGGAAGCCAUGGCCAUUGAUCAGUCCCUGGAGGACGCACGUAUACUUUGUAAUGGUCGCCAGGCAUGGGUGCGGGUAGCAGCUACUGGAUGGGCAUCAAGAAGAAGGUCCCUAGUUUUCCGGGAGAUGACUGAUUUGUCUUUAGCGAGUUAUCUUGGCUUGAAGCAAGUGGUCGAGAAGAUCUUGUCAGAGGAACACAUCGAUGUCAACAUUGAAGAUAAAACUUCGGGAUCGGCCCUUUCCGCGGCAUGCUUCGCAGGCCAGUCAGAUGUUGUCACGCUAUUAUUGAACAAGGGUGCCAAUCUCAACUCCAUUCACAGGCAACAUGGUACAUCUCUCCAUGCAGCUCUGCUCUCAGGUCACCAGAGCAUUGCUUCCAUUCUCCUUGAAAAGGGCGCCGACGUCAACAGCAAAGGUGGAGAUGCUGGGACAGCGCUUUACAUAGCCUCAAAUCUCAACCAGCCAGAUAUUGUCCUCGGCCUCCUAGACAGGGGUGCAGACAUCAACUACAGCCACAAAAUUCAUGGAACAGCGCUACAUGGAGCUUGUCUCAAAGGCUACCGAGAAAUCGUCAAAAUUCUUCUCGAGAAUGGAGCCGACAUCAACAGCGAAUGUGGAGAUUCCGAGACAUCGCUUUACGUAGCCUCGGAUCUCGAUCAGCUAGGUAUUGCCAAAAAUCUCCUAGAAAGGGGUGCAGACGUUAACUAUAACAAAGGAUCGGACGAAACGGCUCUGAUUAUAGCCUGCAAACAAGGUCACUGGGAAGUCGUCAAACUUCUCCUCGAAAAUGGGGCUGACUUCAACAUCAAACCCGAAUAUGAUAGGUCAGCGCUUUACAUGGCUUCAAGAGACAAUAAGCCAGAUAUUGUCCUCAGCCUCUUAGAAAGGGGUGCUGACGUCAACUACAACGAUGAAUGGAACGGAACUGCGCUGCAUGGAGUUUGCUACGCAGGCCACACGGAAGUCGUUAAGAUCCUCCUCAAGAAUGGGGCCGACGUUAACAUCAAAGGUGGAGAUCUUGGCACAGCGCUUCAUAUAGCCUCAAGCCAUCACCGGAUUGAUAUCAUUACCAUUCUCCUGAAAAGUGGCGCAGACAUCAACUAUAGCUACAAGAAACACGCCACAGCGCUGCACAGAGCUUGUCGCCAAGGCCACCGGAAAGUCGUUCAAGUCCUACUCGAGAACGGGGCCGACAUCAAUAUCAAAGGCGGAUAUUUCGGCUCGGCGCUCCAUAUAGCAUCUUCGCGAAACCGUGCAGGAAUUACAAGUGAUCUGCUAAAGAAAGGUGCUGACAUCAACUACAAUCACCCAAAGCAUGGCACGGCACUACAGAUAGCAUCUAAACAAGGCCGGGAGAAAAUUGUCGCAAUACUCCUGGCGAAUGGAGCCGAUUCUAAUAUAAGAGGCGGAGAUGAUAGCUCAGCAAUCCAGGCUGCAUCAUUAUAUGGCCAUCAAGGUGUUGUGAAAUUGUUACUCGAGAGCGGUGCGGAUGUCAAUUUCCUGGGCAAAGGGAAGAGCACAGCGCUUCAAAUGGCUGCGCGAGAAGGUCAUCCAGAAAUUGUUGCAUUGCUGCUCGAUCGGCCACACGGAGAUUAUGGAAAUGCUAGCUAA